CCUCGAGGAACUUUCUUUCCCAACAGUAAGACUCUGUUUUUUUCCCCACAAUGUCUGGUUUCCUCUUUUGUUUCGUCCAAAUCUUUAUAUGUUUUUGUGCUGAUUAAAACCCUCGACUUUGAUCCAAUCUCUUCAAGAAAACGGGCAUUGAGAUGGUGAAUGGAGAAUCAUCAACUAGUACGUCUUACUCUGAUAAUAACAAUGGUGCAAAUGAUCAAGGAGGAGACUUUGAAUGUAACAUUUGUUUUGAGUUAGCUCAAGAUCCGAUUGUCACUCUCUGUGGUCAUCUCUUUUGCUGGCCUUGCUUAUACCGUUGGCUUCACCACCAUUCGCAUUCUCAAGAAUGUCCGGUUUGCAAAGCCGUGGUUCAAGAUGAUAAGCUUGUUCCUCUUUACGGUAGAGGCAAGAACCAGACUGACCCGAGAUCUAAACGUUACCCGGGUUUGCGGAUUCCUAACCGACCAACGGGUCAAAGACCUGAGACUGCGGCUCCUCCUCCUCAGGCUGAAGCAGCGAGUAAUUUUUUCAACUACGGUAUUGGUUUGAUGGGUGGAAUUAUGCCAAUGGCGACUACUAGGAUCGGGAAUUUCAGUAUGGGGUUUGGUGGUUUGUUGCCUUCUUUGUUUAACUUUCAGUUUCAUGGAUUUCCCGAUGCUACGCUUUAUGGUUCAACACCGGGCUACCCUUACGGUGGUUAUCAUAAUGGUUUCCGUGGAGUUCCUCCUCAUGGACAAGAGCGUCCGAUGGCUCGUGGAGGAAACCAAAGCGAUGCUACUCUGAAGAAUAUCUUAUUAGUUGUUGGAAUUUGCGUGGUGUUAUUUCUUUGCUGGUGAAAGCGAAUCACAUUUGGUUUAUUCCCAGGUUUAGCUGUUUGUUAUAAGAACUCUGUUCUAACAGAGAAAAGCUGUGUGUAGUGCUUCGAUCUCGUGAGCAUUCUUGUGCGAGACUAAGCUUGUCCUUGUGAGUUGAUUCAAGUAGUUGACUGCUGGGACAGAGCAUGACGUUAAGGGGAUCAUACUCCAUGAUUCUCGUUCUUCUUCUUAUCUCUCAAAUCUCGAUCUCACUCUGUUUACUCGAUAGUUUGAUAGGUUUUCAUACAUUGCUAGAUAGUUGUAGAUUGAUGCUAAUAUCGAAACAGCGACACUAGGGAGUAGGGAUGACUUCUAGAGCAUCACUUAACUCUUUCUUGCCUUAAACCAGUCUCAAAUUCCUCCCCUUUGUAAACUUUUCAAUAACUCUUGUAAAAUGUCUUUUUCUGUGUGACGACGAU